UGCUAAAAUUCCCAUAAAAAGAAUAAAACUACGAGAUUCUCCCUACUAUCCUUCUUGAAUUGCGCGUUCUCUCUCUCUCUCUCUCUUCUUCACUUCUCGUUGCCAUUUUUUCCCGGCUUUCUCUCUCUUCACUUCUGGUUUCUGGUAUCGUGAUUCGUGUUAUUUUUUAUAUGUAACAGUUGAUUGAAACCACCGUAAAACUCUUGGGCAAAAUUAUUGCCUUUUUUGAUGAUGGAAGUGAAAAAUAGAGAGCAGGGUGUGACCCCUAAGAUAUGGAUUUACUUGAUGCUGCUCACCUUACAGUACGGUGCUCAGCCAUUGUUGUCGAAGCGCUUUGCUGGAAAGGACGUUAUUGUGACUUCAUCUGUUCUGGCAUGUGAAGUUGCAAAGGUUAUAUGCGCACUGUUCCUUCUUGCAAAGGAAGGUCCUUUGAGAAGUUUCUAUAGGCAGUGGACUUUGACCGGUUCAUUGACUGCCUCAGGUCUUCCAGCAGCAAUAUAUGCCUUGCAAAAUAGCUUGUUGCAAAUUUCAUACAAGAACCUUGAUUCUCUUACUUUCUCAAUGCUCAACCAGACAAAGCUAUUCUUCACGGCAUUAUUCAUGUAUCUUAUGUUGGGGCAAAAGCAGUCAGUUCAGCAAAUUGGUGCCUUGGUCCUAUUGAUCAUUGCUGCACUGUUGAUUAGCAUUGGAGAAGGCUCUGGUGGAAGCUCUGGUGGUGCUAACCCUGAUCAAGUUUUCUUCCAUGGAAUUGUUCCUAUUUUGGUUGCUUCUGUGCUCUCUGGUCUGGCUUCUUCUCUAUGUCAGUGGGCUUCACAGGUGAAGAAACACAGCUCAUACUUGAUGACUGUGGAGAUGUCAUUCAUUGGAAGCUUAUGCUUGUUAGCAAGUACCUAUAAGUCUCCAGAUGGCCAAGCCUUCAGGCAGCAUGGUUUUUUUCAUGGUUGGACUCCAUUUACACUGAUACCAGUUCUAACUAAUGCCAUAGGUGGGAUCCUUGUCGGACUUGUUACCACCCAUGCUGGGGGCGUCAUGAAGGGUUUUGUCAUUGUUUCUGCAUUGUUGGUCACAGCCCUUCUGCAAUUCAUUUUCGACGGCAUUCCACCGUCCUUGUACUGUUUGUCGGCAUUUCCUUUUGUGAUCAGCAGCAUAACCAUCUAUCAGAAACACCCAUACAAGGUUAAGGAGAAGGAAUCAUGAGUCAAUACUCUCAUUGUAUUGACAAUAAAAAAAAAAAAAAAAACCUUGUAUUCUUCUAAUGAUCCAAGCCUUAUUGUAGGCGUUCUUAAUGUGAAUUUUGACUUGUGAUCAUUAGUCACAAAUUUUCAUUAUAAAUUGGAGAACCUGAAUCUUA